AUGGUCAUGAUGACGACGACGAAAAUUUUGAUUUUAGCAUUAUUAAUAUCAUCCUUCAUAUUAACAGAUGCACUCAUGUGUCAAUGCAAAUGCUGUCGAUAUUUGGGACCACUCUUUCCAAACAAUCGAAGUCGAUGUGCAUGUGAUGCCACAAAUCAAGGAGAACCUUUUGAAUGUGGUGGCUCAACUGGAAUCCAUUCAGCUCGUGUUUGUACUACCAAGAUUCGUCCACAUUAUGCUCCAAAUGCACCGAAUCUUUGUUGUCAACUUACAUUUCUUUGA